CCGGCACUCAGGGGCCCUCACUGGGCACUGGCCUGUUGCCAGAAGCCGCUCCCAAACUGGGGCUGAGCCAAGAUGAUUUCCGAGGGCUGCUGGGCUGGGCAGGGGCUGCACUCGCUGGGAGUGGACAUUUACAGGCCAGGAGUUCCGGGCCUCACCCCCACCCGACAGAGGGGCACACUGAGCAGCAAGAUUGGCCACAGGACUGAAGCUGGAGCGAGCCUGGGAAGCCACCUGGACCCUGGUCUGAAGCAUCUGCAUCCCGCGUCCUUCCCUCUGCCCAAGGCCCUCCCACCCUCCCCAGCCAGAGCCCUACCCACCCACCAGCCUGCCUGCAAUCUGCAUGCCGCAGGUCUCCGGAGAGAUUCAUCAAGACAGAACCAACCAACGGCCACACUUCAUCCACAUCGGCUCAUCUCACCCUCCUUACAACCCUCAGAGUUUGGCAAGAUGUCAGUGAAGGAGGGAGCUCAGCGCAAGUGGGCAGCGCUCAAGGAGAAGCUGGGGCCGCAGGACUCGGACCCCACGGAGGCCAACCUGGAGAACGCCGACCCCGAGCUGUGCAUCCGCCUGCUCCAGAUGCCCUCCGUGGUCAACUACUCCGGCCUGCGCAAGCGCCUGGAGAGCAGCGACGGCAGCUGGAUGGUGCAGUUCCUGGAGCAGAAUGGCCUGGACCUGCUGCUGGAGGCGCUGGCGCGGCUAUCAGGCCGCGGCGUGGCCCGCAUCGCCGACGCCCUGCUGCAGCUCACCUGCAUCAGCUGCGUGCGCGCCGUCAUGAACUCGCAGCAGGGCAUCCAGUACAUCCUCAGCACCCAGGCCUAUGUGCGCCAGCUCUCCCUGGCUCUGGACACAUCCAACGUGAUGGUCAAGAAGCAGGUGUUUGAGCUGCUGGCCGCCCUGUGCAUCUACUCACCCGAGGGCCACGCCCUGGCACUGGACGCCCUGGACCAUUACAAGAUGGUGUGCAGCCGCCAGUACCGCUUCAGCGUCAUCAUGAGUGAGCUCUCCGACAGCAGCAACGUGCCGUAUGUGGUCACUCUGCUCAGCGUGAUUAACGCCAUCAUCCUGGGCCCCGAGGACCUCCGCGCCCGCACCCAGCUGCGGAGCGAGUUCAUCGGGCUGCAGCUGCUGGACGUUUUGACGCGGCUGCGAGAUCUGGAAGAUGCCGACCUGCUGAUCCAGCUUGAGGCCUUCGAGGAGGCCAAGGCCGAGGAUGAGGAGGAGCUGUUGCGCGUCUGUGGCGGCAUUGACAUGAACAGCCACCAGGAGGUCUUUGCCUCCCUGUUCCACAAGGUGAGCUGCUCCCCGGCAUCCGCCCAUCUGCUGUCGGUGCUGCAGGGCCUCCUGCACCUGGAGCCCACCCUCCGCUCCAGCCAGCUGCUCUGGGAGGCCCUGGAGAGCCUGGUGAACCGGGCUGUGCUCCUGGCCAGUGACGCCCAGGAAUGCUCCCUGGAGGAGAUGGUCGAGCGGCUCCUGUCCGUCAAGGGGCGGCCCCGCCCGAGCUCGCUGGACAAGGCCCACAAGGGCAUCCAGGCCGACCUGGGCCAGAGUCGGAGAGGCAGCUUUCCCCAGAACACGGGUGCCCCAACGGCGUGGGUGGAGGACCAGCAGCCGGCAGGGGCCCUCAGCAGCCUGCUCGCUGUCAGCCCGCAGGACACCGGCCACAUCAUGGCUUCACAGCUGACAGCCUUAGAGCAGCGGGUGCCCACCCCACUCCCGCCUGCACCGCCCCUCCCCAGCGCCACCACUGGGCCUCCUCCCCCUCCUCCUCCCCCCCCACCCCCACCACCGCCACUGCUAGGACCAGCCGUGUGCCCCCCACCCCCUCCACCACCCCCAUUGCCAGGACCAACCGUGUGCCUCCCACCCCCUCCACCACCCCCAUUGCCAGGACCAACCGUGUGUCCCCCACCCCCUCCACCACCCCCACUGCCAGGACCAACCGUGUGCCUCCUACCCCCUCCACCACCCCCAUUGCCUAACUCUAGUGGGACCGCACCUCCCCCACCCCCUCCACUGCCAAGCGUGGGAUGCCCACCCCCACCCCCACCGCUGCCCGGCACGGGAUGCCCGCCUCCACCCCCACCCCUGCCCGGCACCUCUGGGCCCCCUGCGGCGGGUGGCAUGGAGGAGGUCAUCGUGGCUCAGGUGGACCACCGCCUGGGCUCCGCCUGGGUGCCAAGCCACCGACGGGUGAACCCGCCCACGCUGCGCAUGAAGAAGCUGAACUGGCAGAAGCUACCAUCCAACGUGGCACGAGAGGGCAACUCCAUGUGGGCCUCGCUGAGCAGCCUGGGCGCUGAGGUGGUGGAGCCAGACUUCUCCAGCAUCGAGCAGCUCUUCUCCUUCCCCGUGGCCAAGCCCAAGGAGCCAGCUGCGGCCCCGGCCAGGAAGGAGCCCAAGGAGAUCACUUUUCUGGACUCCAAGAAGAGCCUGAACCUCAACAUCUUCCUGAAGCAGUUUAAAUGCUCCAACGAGGAGGUCACCGCUAUGAUCCAGGCGGGAGACACCACCAAGUUCGACGUGGAGGUGCUCAAACAGCUCCUCAAGCUCCUUCCUGAGAAGCACGAGAUCGAGAACCUGCGCUCCUUCACCGAGGAUCGAACCAAGCUGGCCAGUGCCGACCAGUUUUACCUCCUCCUGUUGGGCAUUCCCUGCUACCAGCUGCGGGUCGAGUGCAUGCUGCUGUGCGAGGGCACGGCCGUCGUGCUGGACAUGGUGCAGCCCAAGGCCCAGCUGGUGCUCGCCGCCUGCGAGAGCCUGCUCACCAGCCACCAGCUGCCCAUCUUCUGCCAGCUGAUCCUGAAAAUCGGAAACUUCCUCAACUACGGCAGCCACACCGGUGAUGCCGACGGCUUCAAGAUCAGCACGCUGCUGAAGCUCACGGAGACCAAGUCCCAGCAGAGCCGCGUGACGCUGCUGCACCACGUGCUGGAGGAGGUGGAGAAGAGCCACCCGGACCUCCUGCAGCUGCCCCAGGACCUGGAGAAGCCCUCCCAGGCGGCCGGGAUCAACCUUGAGAUCAUCCACUCGGAGUCCAGCACCAACCUGCAGAAGCUUCUGGAGAUGGAGCGGAAGGUGUCCUCUUCCAUCCCAGAGGUGCAGGAGCAGUAUGCCCAGCGCCUCCAGGCCAGCAUCGCAGCCUCCCAGGCACUGGAGGAGGUGUUCCAGGCGAUUGAGCAGAAGAAGCUGGAGCUGGCCAGCUACCUGUGCGAAGAUGCCCAGCAGCUGUCCCUGGAGGACACCUUCAGCACCAUGAAGACGUUCCGCGACCUCUUCAUCCGUGCCCUGAAGGAGAACAAGGACAGGAAGGAGCAGGCGGCGAAGGCCGAGAGGAGGAAGCAGCAGCUGGCAGAGGAGGAGGCACGGAGGCCACGGGACGAGGACGGGAAGCCUGUCAGGAAGGGAGGCAGGAAGCAGGAGGAAGUGUGUGUCAUCGAUGCCCUGCUGGCCGACAUCAGGAAAGGCUUCCAGCUGCGGAAGACAGCCCGCGGCCGAGGGGACGCAGAGGGGGGCGGCAGGGCGGCCGCUGCUGAGCCCCGGAGGGACAGGGCGCCUGUGACUACCAGUGACCCCAUGGGAGGUCCCAGGGCAGGCACCAGCUGCCCACUCUCUGAGCCUGGUCUUGACACUGCGGUGGCCACAGAGCCCCGUGGCUGGGACCUUGUGGAUGCCACUGUGCCCAGCCCGCAGCCCACGGUAGACCCACCGGAGGAGGGCGGCCCCAGGCCCCUGGAGAGGCGUUCUUCCUGGUACGUCGAUGCCAGCGACUUCCUGACCCUGGAGGAACCCCCAGGCUCUGAGCCCCUGGGCUCCGAGCCCUCUGCGGGGGCCUGGCCAGUAGGACUGGGAGACGCUCAAGCCCUGAAGCCCCUCCAGUUCGCCAGUGACAAGCCCCCCGGGGCCAUGGGUUCAAGCCAAGACACUGAGGACCCCACAGUUUCGCGGGGCACCGACCAGGCCGAGGCUGACAGCACAGGCGAAGGGCCAGAGGACGCGGCUGCCCAUGGCCACAGUGCUGGCCUCUCUGCGAUUGUCCCCGGGGGGGAUGGGGACGAGGACGAGGAGGACACAGCCCCAGAUUCCACGCUGGACACAUCCCUGGACAAGUCCUUCUCGGAGGAUGCGGUGACUGACUCCUCAGGGUCUGGCACCCUCCCCAGGGCCCGGGGCCGGGCCUCGAAGGGGCCAGGCAAGAGGAGGAAGAAGCGGCCCACCAGGGGCCAGGACGAGGUUGCCCCUGACUCUGACGAUAAUAAAACAAAAAGGCUGUGUGCGAUCCAGUAAGGCCUCAGGCCCAAGCCCAAAGCCAAGUGAGAGAGCCUGCAGGCCGCCAGCCUCCGCGCCGCCAUGGGCCGCUGGAUAUGCUGCUGAGCGGGGCUUCUCUGGGGCCAGGCUGGGACGGGGCCCCUGGGAACCCAAAACUCCGUGCCUUACCCAGCCAGGGGCGGGGCCUCCCAGCCUUCCUGGGGUGUUGUGGCUGGGACCCCAACAGGCACUGGGGCCUGGCCAGCCUGGCACCCUCCUAGACCGCCUGCACGCCCCCGGCCCCUCACAGUCUGCUUCCUAAAUGCCGAUGCCCGAGCCGACCCCGCAUGCACCGAGGCACCCGCCCACGCAGGGAGGGGUCGGGUAGCUGCAUCCCCUGGGGGUCCCUCUGAGCUUGCACCCCGCUCUCCAGUGACCCGGCAUCCAGGUUCUUCUGGGGACAGCCCCUUGCAGACCCCUCCCCAUGAAGCCAUGGGAGCCAGGCAGAGCUGAAGCCCCCACUGCCCCGUGAACAGGCCCCAGCUCUGCCCCCCAACCUGCUCAGCUGGGCAGGUGCCAAGCGUGGUUUUUAACCAAAAUAUGAUCACUUAUGCAUUUCUCCUGUUCUGUGGUGGCUGGUUGGGGGUAGGAGGGUGGGUCAGAGAACCCUAGGGCCUUGGGUAGAGGCCGACUGGCCGGCAGUGCCAUGGGCAGGCCAGGGUCCCCCUACUCAGCAUGUGGGUGCCCACCCACCCCCAGGUGUGUGCUCCCAAGCCUGGAGCUGGAGAGACUUGAACUAAUAAAGAACAAAGCUGGCCCAGCA